AUGACUCUUGCAACCAAGACAGGCGACGAAAUCGCCCCUGCGGCUAGCCGCAACAGUACCAGCAGUACUGAGAGGUAUGGAAAAAUAGAGAACCCCGAGAAUGCUACCGAAGUAUUCAAGACGGGAGAGGGAGGCGUCGAGUUCCGCACUGUUGGUUGGAUCCAUGCUUCUGUGAUCUUCUUGAAGGUCAUCUUUGCCACCGGAGUUUUGACGAUUCCCUCGGCCAUGUACGUCCUUGGAGCUUUCCCUGGUGCCAUCAACGUCCUGGGCUGGCAAGCCCUGAACACAUACACAGCCAUCAUUCAGGGCAACUUUCGCAACUCUCAUGCUGGGUGCCACUCGAUUGCUGAUAUGGCCGAAAAGGUCGGAGGCAUAUGGGCUCGCGAGAUUGUGGGCAUCAUCUUCCUGGUUACGUUCGCCAUCGUUGGUGCUUCGGGAGUGUUUGGCGCAUCUGUGGCACUCAAUGCUCUUUCGAACCACGCCAUUUGCACCAACUAUUUUAUGCUCGUUUCCAUGAUUACCGUCUUCAUUCUCGCUAGUGUGCGCAAGUUUGAAAAGAUUGCGUGGUUGACAUGGAUUGGCUUCCUGUCGGUCUUCAUUGCUGUCUUCAUUGUUGUUGUUGGCGUCACCACCCGCGAUAGGCCAGCUGCCGCACCUCAGACCGGAGAUUUCGACCUCGGAUACCAUGUCAUCGGUAGCCCAACCUUUGUUGCCGGCAUCACCUCCGCCGCAACAAUCUUCUGCUCUGGCGCUGGAACUUCGGCAUUCCUCCCAGUCAUCUCGGAGAUGAGGAAGCCGCGCGACUACAACAAGGCCGUAUAUCUUUGCAUGAGCAUCGUCACAGCCUCCUACCUCUCUUUCAGCCUGGUUGUGUACCGCUGGUGCGGCAAGUGGGUUGCCUCGCCAUCUCUUGGUAGUGCUGGAGGCACUAUCAAGAAGGUCGCCUACGGUAUCGGGCUCAUAGGUCUGCUUGUCAGUGCUUGUCUCUACAUCCACGUCGCCGCAAAGUACAUGUUCGUACGCAUUCUCCGAAACUCGGAGCACUUGCAGAAGAACUCGUUCGUCCACUGGUCGGUCUGGUUCGGCUGCACGCUCACUAUGAGUGUUGUCUCGUUCCUUCUGGCAUCUGGCAUCCCCAUCUUCAACUACCUCCUGGCUCUAGCUGGAAGCCUGACCUUUGCUCCCCUCGCACUGGGGCUGCCCGGUUACCUCUGGCUCUACGACCACCAAGACUACCGCAAGGGGUCUAUCCUAAAGACGGUCAUUUACUAUCUGCACUGGGUCUUGAUUGCCAUUGCGGCUUUCAUGACUGUAGGAGGCACCUAUGGUGUCAUCCAGCAAGUUAUUGAUGCAUAUGCCAACGGCGAGAUUAGCUCUGCCUUCUCAUGUGCCGACAACAGUGGAUCCUCUUAG